AUGGAGGCCCGUCAAUCUACCGCAGAAUCGUUCAUUGAAGUGGCCCACUCUGGCCUUCGAAUGGGGCUGGUCCGAGUCGCUGGAGCGCCUUCGCAUGGACGCAGAGUGGUGGUUGAUCAAUUCGCAUGGGGAUGUGAAGGCGGUAGUGCUUUUAGUGUGCAUGGAACCCAGCCGAGUAUUGUAUUUGAGGUCUGGAUCGAGGAUACCAACCCAGGAGGACUACGGCCCGGGCCCACUAUGAGGAGUUCUCGCGUCUCUACAAUGCGGGUUCAGCAGGUGACCGUCACUAAAGACGGACAGAACAACAUCACAGUGGCCGGUGCCCCGCUUACGAUUGACUUCGAUCGAGUGUUUCUUCGGCCUGCGGUGCCGCCAUUGGAGCGAAACAUCACAGUGACCCAACAGCAGCUCGAGUUCAUCGCCAGUGUCACCUGGCAAGAAGCGGGAGUGUGA